AUGAAGUGCUUAUCUUGUGGAUUCCCUCCGAAAUUCGGAUUCCGGAGCAACCCAAAUCGCCGACAAUCCACAUCCGAUCUGGCAACCGGAGGAAGAAAACGAAGACGGUCGAAUCAAACAUCGAUAUCCUCUCCUCGACAUCGCCGAGAUCGCAUUACUCUGCUCCAGAUUCUGGAAGAUCAUCUACAGGACGAAGCAGCUAUUUCUGGCGCGUACGAUGCAAGCGCUGGUCGGCGGAUUCGGCCUCGCCAGCGUCUACGUGAAACUCCGGCGAGACGAAGCAAGAGUAGCGGAGAGACUUGGCCUCUUUGCCUUCAGCCUGAGCUUCCUCCUCUCCUCAACAGUCGAAGCACUCCCGAUCUACCUCCACGAACGCCGAAUCGUGAUGAAGGAUUCCUCAGUCGGAUGCUACCGGAUCUCAUCAUACAUAAUCGCAAACACAAUCGCAUUCACGCCAUUCCUCUUCGUCGUCUCCCUCCUCUUCUCCAUCCCCGUAUACUGGAUCGUAGGCCUGAACCCAUCGAUCCAAGCGUUCGGGUUCUUCAUCCUGGUCGUGUAGCUCAUCGUCCAAAUGGCGAGCUCUCUGGUACCCGCUGGACACGAUGGUGGUGAACGAGUACUGGAGCUUGAGAGGGGAGUGCUUCUCAUGGCGAGGGGACGCUCCGUCGCAGCAGACGUGCGAGAUGACGGGAGAGGAGGUGUUGAGGAGUAGGGGAUUAGAAAGGGACACGAGGUGGAUGAACGUAGGGAUCAUGUUUG